AAGUCCUAGAACACCUUAUUUAUUCUAGUUCUUAAUGAUUUAUUGUUAAUUAUUAUUUUUCAUUUAUUAAUAUUAAUUGUUUGUUGUUUACUUUUUGAUUGUUUUUUUUCAUUAUAUAAUAUUUACCAGUAAACAUGACGGAAUCUGAAGAUUCGGUGUCCACCAACGCUUCACCAACUUCAUCACCUGCUUCCUCACCUGCUUCCUCACUUGCUUCCUCACCGACCACUUUGCCUAAGUCACCUGUUAAAAAGAAAGAAGUGGCCGUCACCGUCCAGAAGCCCACCCUGGCACAUCCGUCUACUGCUGUUAUGGUGACCACGGCUAUUAAAACUUUGAAUGAUAAAAAAGGUUCCACUCUGCAAUCUAUCAAGAAAUACUUGGCCUCAAAUUAUCAAGUGAAUUUGACCAAGUUUUCGCCAUUCAUCUGUAAGUAUUUGAAAACGGCCGUCGCGAAGGGCAAUUUGAUUCAGACGAAAGGCUCCGGUGCCUUGGGUAACUUCAAACUGCCGAUUCAAGUGAAAAAACCCGCCGUGAAGAAAAAGAAAGCAGUAAUUGUCGCCGUCCCUGCUGUAACUAAGAAGAAACCGGAUGCAAAAAAAACAACAGCUGUUAAGACAGCGACGUCUGGCAAGCGAAAUUCUAUCGAGGGAACAAAAUUGAAUGCUAAGAAAUCUAAAAAAGUAACAACGUCUGUUGUCAAACCGAAAUCCAAAACAGUGAAGAAGGUAGUUACCAAGAAUUCUCCAACUAAACCAAAAAAGGUAGGAUCAGCGGCCAUAAAAUCAAAAACUUCAAAAGUUGUGGUGAAAAAGACUCCAGUAAAAAAAGCAGCACCCAAAAAGAAAUAGACCAAGUUAGUUAAUUAUACCUACCUAUUAUAAUGUAAAAAAUAUUGAAUGUAACAAUUUUUAAAAAGGUCCUUAUCAGGACCAUCAAA